UUGGACACUGUCGUGCUGCCAUGGUAACAAUGAAUGAUCUGGUUGACGUUUUCACGAUCAGUGAUCCCUUUCUCAUGCACCCGUCACCUGUCUGUACCCAAUGAGGGGCUGGUGCAGGUGUCGGGGAAAUGAGACUGCCCGAUGGUUUAUGGCUGGCUUAUGUACAGCUAAACCAGGCCUCUAUGCUGCAGAUGUGCCCAACCCUGAGGAGACCUGGGAGUUGUCAGCAGACAACAGCUCCUCAGGCUGGUGCCCCAGACGAGGCCCUUCCCCAGGAGCAGGUGCUGGGACCCUGAGCAGAGCGGAGCAGCAGCUUCCUGAGGAGGGGCCUGGAAACCUGGAACUGCAGAGGACUUCCCCAGGGAGACCGGAGGAGAGGAGCUCCCGGACACCUGAGCCGGGCCAAGUGCAGAGGGGGCAGGGCAGGCCUCCAGAGCAGGAGGAGAGCUGGGAGCUCCCGGAGGUGUUUGAGGAUGUGGCCGUGUAUUUCUCACGGAAGGAGUGGGAGCUGCUGGAAGAUGAAGACAAGGUGCUUUACCGGGACCAGAUGCUGAAGAAUUACCAAGCCCUCGUUUCCCUGGGAUAUGGAGGUCUCACACCUGAUGUAAUCUGCCGCAUCCAGCGAGGAGAGGUGGAGCUGUGGGUCUGUGAUGAUGAGGAUGGCGGGGAAACCUCAAGGUUGGAGGACCUGCUGCCAGGAGGUGCCUGGCUGCUGCACAGAGCUGAGAAGCAGCCUCCUGCGGAAGGGCCUGCAGACCUGGAGCCAGCAUGGACUUCCCCAGGGAGUUUGGGCGAGAUGGACACCCCGAGACCAGAUAAGGACCAAUGGCACAAGAGUCAGGGGAGGCCCCAAAAGGAAAGGGAGAAUGAAGCAGUGAACCAGGUACCAUCUUUAGGUGGGUGUGAGAGUGGAGAAGGGGCAGAGCCCGGACAGAGCCCUGGCUGCAGAGAAGAAGUGGAUCUGGGAGAGCUGAAGAGCCCCUGGAAAGAGGCACUGCAUCCGGAUGAAAGCAGUGGGGAGGGUGUCAGGGGGAAGCAGGAGCUCACGGCCAAGCACAGGGGCAGAGCCCGCCCCUGCCCUGAGGUCAGAAAAACCUUUAAUAGCCCCUCACCCCUGGCUCAACACAAGAUGAAGCAAACUGGCAAGAAGCCCCAUGUAUGUGCCAAGUGUGGGAAGAGCUUCACCUGGUCCUCACACCUGAUCCGGCACCAGUUCACGCACGCAGAGGAGAAGCCGUAUCGGUGCUCAGAGUGUGGGAAGAGCUUCACCCAGUCCCCCCACCUGACCCAGCAUCGGUUCAUCCACACCCGGAAGCAUCCAUAGUUUUGGGGGCAAUGCAGGAAAGUGUUUGGGUAUGCCCACCUGAUCAUUGCCCACCAUUGGCUGCCUUGAGGCAAGCAGCCUCGUGCUGGUGGACUGCAGCAAGAGUUCACCCAGCCUCGGCCCUUCUAUGGACCUGCAGACCCCAGAGGAGCAAAGGCUAGCCCCAAGGUUUGAUGUGGGGAGGGGCUAAGAGGAAAUACCUGAGGCAGAGGCCAGUCUAGAUGCUGGAAGAACUGGUGGGGGAUCCCUUUGCAUCAGCCUUGGAGCCUGUGUUUCUGCCAUCAUUCUCUAAAAGUGAUCUAUGCUUCAAGGGGGAGAAGAAAUGGCUCCAAAAUAGGGUGCCUCUCCAAGACAACUGACUCCAAAAGACACCCAGGGACUGUCCUUGCCAGCUCCCACCUUCCUCCUCCAUCCUGGCCCCCGGGAUUCUGGUAUGUCAGGCACCAGCGUUGCAGGAAGGAGGACAUUUAUGGCUGGGGAAGCAUUUCUUGUCCUCCGCCCUGACCUCACCUCUCCUCCCCACUACAUCACCCCUCCCUAGACCUGCACAUGCCCAUCGUGGUCUGCAAGGAGCACAGCUGCCACCUCCUGAGUCCAGCGUGGCAGGUUUUGCUUCUCAGCCCCUCUUCCGUGGGUUUUUUUUAACCCUCCGGUGUUGGAGGUACCAUGUCCUGCUGUCAACUCUGCAGGAUCAUACCUCGCUGACAAAUUUGCUUAGCUUUUAUACUGUUUCUUCAAGGCAAUUUGCUUGAUGUUUGGCCUAUUUAAGCCUGAACAAAACAGGGAGGAAAAGGUUGAUUUUCAUAUCACAGCUCGUAAUUGCCGGGCUCCUGUUCUUGAUUGUCUAGGUGUAAAGACUGUAUCUGUGGCCCCUGUAAUGAGUCGAUCACAGAUGAUGGGCUUUGAGUGUCCGACAGGAUACUUAGAGGUGUCACCACCAAACCUGUUUUGGGGUGCUUGUAUAUCAAUGGGGAGCUUGUACUGGUGGUGGUCUAUUUACCAAACUGCAGACAUUCAGUGAAUGGCUUGCACAUUUCUAGCACCUUAGAGGGACAUUGGAUUCCUGGUUUGAGCAAUGUGAGACUGUCGGAUACAGAACAUCCUCCCUGUAUUCAGUGUACCUUUUACAGGUUUCUUUUGAGAUGCAUAUAUAGCCUUUUGUUUCCUUUGGCUGCUAGGUCAAUUGAAAUGCAUAUGUGGUUUCCUUGCCUUCACUGGCUCACCUUUGUUUAAAGGGCUUUCUGAGGUACACACAUGUGAUGAGCACAUCGGGUCUCUGCCAACAGUUUUAACCACUUUUAUUAUUGUAUGGCUUGGGUCUGGUAUUGGGUACUGCAAGCACUUCCCUGUCUCAAUGCCUAAUGGGUUACAAGCCAUUAGUGGAGUUUGAUUUUCUUGUGGCAGUCUUGUUACCACAAUCCAGUCUUGCCCCAGCCACUGUCCUGCAUUUCUAUUUUAUGUCCAAGCUUUCACAAUUUUCAUAUUUCAUUGAUGUUGAAUGUGUAAGUGGCUGUGCAGGUUGGGGGAAACACAUAUAGGUGAGGGGGUGUAUGUCAAAGGAACUGAAAUCCUCACCACCCCUUUCCAAGAGGGGAACAUGGGUGCACAUCAGUUAAGGUCACGUAUUUGUCUUCACAAGGGCUGACUUCAGGCCUCCUUCCCAAAUACAGUUCUCACUGUUUUUGUGACGUAGACUUAUGGAGACGAGGAUGGUGUGUUACAGAAGUAGAUGCAUAAGCAUUUGUGGUCAGUGCCCCGAGCAGGGUUGAAUAGGAGCAGAAGGAGGCACCAAAAUGUGUCUGGCCCCAUGUGGGGAUGCAGGCAGCCUCACUUGCUGCGAAGAGAGAGGCCAAAUGGCUGCUUGUGUCCCAUGGCAGCUCCAGCAAGUGCCUAAUGACAUGGGGAAAGUGCAGGUGGGACACUGCUGAUGAGGUCAGACCUCCACUUACACCCAUGGCCACAGCCAUCCUAGGCUCCACGUCGUAUUGGAUCAUGGCAUUCCCCCGGGAGGAAUAAAGCCAGGAGAUGUUCUCUUUUCAUAGUUUCAUAGUAGCUAGGGUCAGAAGGGACCUGAACAGAUCUUCUAGCCUGACCC